AUGGGUGAUGACAAGCAAGCCAACGAUGUUCAAUCAGACCUAUCUCAAGCGACUGAGAGUUUAAAAAUUGAGAGUGAGCAAAAAGAUAAUGGAGACUCUUCGAAAGGAGACAACAAAAUUAAAAUUGACAUUUUGUUGAAAGCCACAGGAAAUGCACCCAUUAUGAAGAAAAAGAAAUGGGCUGUUGAUGCAGAGAAACCAAUUGGUUGGAUCAUGGAGUUUGUGAAGAAAUAUCUUAAAUUAGAACCUAAUGAGAAAUUGUUUCUCUAUGUGAACCAGACGUUUGCUCCAUCUCCGGACCAAUUAGUGAAGAACUUAUAUGAGUGUUUUGGUACUGAUGGUAAACUGGUGUUGCAUUACUGUAAGAGUCAAGCUUGGGGCUGA